AUGGGGAGGCAGCCGUGCUGCGACAAGGUGGGGCUGAAGAAGGGGCCGUGGACGGCGGAGGAGGACCAGAAGCUCGUCGGCUUCCUCCUCACCCACGGCCACUACUGCUGGCGCGUCGUCCCCAAGCUCGCAGGGCUGCUGAGGUGCGGGAAGAGCUGCAGGCUGAGGUGGACCAACUACCUGAGGCCCGACCUCAAGCGGGGGCUACUCUCCGACGAGGAGCAGCAGCUCGUCAUCGACCUGCACGCGCAGCUCGGUAACAGGUGGUCCAAGAUCGCGGCGCAGCUGCCCGGAAGGACGGACAACGAGAUCAAGAACCACUGGAACACCCACAUCAAGAAGAAGCUCCGCAAGAUGGGCAUCGACCCCGUCACCCACCGCCCGCUGGGCCAAGAGGCCCCUCCUCCCCUGCAACAUCCGCCGCCGCCGCCGACCGCCACCUCGUGGCAGCAGCUGGACGGCGCGGAGCGCUCACAGCAAGCGGAGGAGGAGGACGUGAAGGCGGUCCCGCUGAUCCAGCCGCACGAGGUCACGGCGGUGCCGCCCACCGCGAGCAGCAACUGCUCUGUUUCCCCUGCCUCGGUCAUCUCACCGUCCUGCUCCUCCUCGUCCGCGGCGUCCGGCCUGGAGGCGGCGGAGUGGCCGGAGCCCAUGUACCUCCUCGGCAUGGACGGCAUCAUGGACGUCGGCUCCGGCUGGGACGCCGGCUUCGUCGUCCCCGGUGGCCUGGGCGUCGACCCGUUCGACCACUACUACCCGGACCCCGCCGGCUUCGACCAAGGAGCCUGGCCGUGA